AUGGUUGCGCCGGCCGUGCCAGAGCUCACGGAAGAGAUUCUGUCUGAAUCAAUUGAUGCCCGCACCGAGUCCCUCAUCUCCCUGCGCGAGCUUGGCCCCCCUGAUCUCGUCCAUCUGUUGAAGCAGGCCACAAGAAACCCUGGCAAACAGCUCGGAGUCUACCAUCAUGUCACCGGUGUCGAUGCCUCCUCAUCCGCCAGUCUUGCCGCCUACAUCAACACCCUGACCUACCGCGAGCAUGGCCAGGCCGCCCAGACAAAGAUCUCUGAAGGUCUCUACUGCUGCUACAAUGCCUUCUCACGACUGGACAUGCGCGUCCACGUCACGAUACCCGGUACUGUCGAGAGCUACUGCGUGGACGAGCGGGGCGAGAAGCGCAAGGCGACGGACGACCUGUGGCUAGAGACAUAUCUCUGCAGUGUUCUCCGAGCUUACUCCUACGCCGACGAUGGAAGCGGAGAAACCAUUCGAAAGAUUAUGGGUGUACGCAGGUUCAACCCCGUCACCAAUACCGAAACCGAACACCGUUUCCUCAAUGCCGCCGAGCAGCUUUUCUUCCGAGGUUGGCAGCUGGGUUCCGACUCUGUUGUUCAAGUGCCGAACAAUGUCUCCAACCAUCUGACCGCUGGCCUUCUCAAGUACUUCCAGACCACCGGCCGGUACGCCUCGGGCAUCAAUCUCUUCGAGAAGCUGAGAGACCAGAACAUCGAGGUUUCCUCUCUGUUGUCCAAGGUUUUGUUCAUGGGCAAUGAGGAGGUUGAGGGCGUUCGCGUACUCCACCAGGCUCUCAAGGAAUCUCCGAUGGACUAUGUGAUGCUCGACACCCAAGCCGAAUUCCUGCUCAAGAAGGCGCAGACUGCCGCAUCCCCUGAGCAAAAGGAGGAAAGACUUCGUUUGGCUCUUGGGUGUGCUGAUCGCAGCACCAUUGCCGCACCUAGCGAGUUUGGCACUUGGGCAAGAUUGGCACAGGUUUAUGUUGCCAUGGAGGACUGGGAGAAUGCCCUGACGAUUCUCAACUCCUGUCCCAUGUUCACGUACCAGGACAAGGAUGCGCCACAGAUGCCUGAGCCUAAGGACGUUCAUUUGCCGACUCUGCCGGAAACUCGUCUUGAUGAGAUCGAUAGCGAACCCGAAUCCAGGUACUCAGAGCAGGUUGAUGCUAGCCUACUGAACCUGCGCGCUGCUGUGUACAAGGGUACCUUCAAGCAGGCCUACAGCAUUUUGACGGAGAUGACGGCGAAGAUUGGAUGGGAUCAACUACUGAAGAUUCGGAGCACUGUCUUCGUUAUGGAGGAUGAGUACCGCUCAGAGAAGCACGAGCCGCAGCCGCCUCGCAACCCGAGUACCGAUGGGCUUCGGGGUACCCCAGACCCGACAACGAACGGCGAUCAGUCCGAAUCGGACUCGGACGAGGAUGACGAGAAGGAGGAAAAGGAAGAGGAAGAUGAGGCGAAGCCGGCAGACACCGAGUCGACUGCUGAGACUUUAGCGACGAAUGGACAGUCGGAGGGUGAGGCGGUUGAGAAGCCCAGCCAUGCGAUAGAUCCUGGCGAGUUGAAGGGCGACGCCGAAAACGGCGCUCAAAGUGAUGACCACCUGUCCAAGCUGAACAACAAGCGGUUGUGCGAGCGUUGGCUAGACAGCCUCUUCAUGGUGUUGUAUGAGGACCUGCGCGUCUACACCAUUUGGCGCACGCAGAUGGCUCAGUACCGCGCCCAGUCCAUGCAAUACAAGAAGUCGGCCGAGGAAUGGGAGAUUCUCGGUUCUCUUGCCGAGAGACUUCAACACACGGAUGAGGCCGUGGAGGCGUACAGAGCUUGUCUCGCAUCCAGGUUCAGCCCCAAGGCCUUGACCGGCAUCCUACGGGUCUUUGAGCAGAACAAGAACACUCGCGAGACCGUAGCGUCUGUGAUUCGUCUCGUGACCUGGCAAUACAGGUGGUACUCGGAGUUUUCUCCCGAGCUUCUCCAUACUAUCCGGACACUCAUCGAGGACGAGGGUGCCGUCAAGGUCAGGAGCAUCAUCCAGGCUACCAGUCUGCCACAGAACGUCCUCGAUCUCACGCAUCACUACGCUGCUCUUUGCGCUACUUUCCGCAGCAGCGGCACCGACGGCUAA